AUGGGUGCGGUGAACGUGGUGGUGGGCACCAUCGUGGCCUACCUGGUGGGUAUGUGGGUGGACCGCAGACGCCGGUACAAGUACCCCCUUCUCGGCUGCCUGAUCGGCUCCGUGCUCUGCUGCGUAGGACUUAUCGUGAUCCUGCUGAAGGCGCCUGCGAACACCCCCACCAUGGACGCCCUCUGCUCCGCCAUUUACAUUUUUGCCGGCGUCUUCCAGAACACCGCCAUUCCGAUUUGCUUCGAGUUCGCCAUGGAGAUUUCGUACCCGCUUACGGAGUCGGUGCCCGGUGCACUGCUCAUGGCUGGGGCCAAUCUGUGUUCGUUGGUGAUGCUGUCUGUGUCCUCCGCGAUGCUGGGCAACGGCGUGGUAUCGAAGUCGUCGUGCGUAAAUGUGCUGAUUCUAAUCACGUGCGUGUGCUUUGUCGGUGCGCUGCUGGCCGUCUUUCCACACGAGAAGCUGUACCGUCGUGAUGCGGAGCGGGAGGCCCAAGCACGCCGGGCGGCCGAGGUAGCGGUGAAUGAAGCGUUGAACAUGUCGACGGACCGCUCGGUCAUUUGA